AUGGCUUGGCUUUAUAUACUCUAUAGUUCUGCAGGAAAAUCCACCAAACAAUCGAUUUAUGAAUGCCUAAUUGCGGAGAACGUCGAGACGUCCAUGUUGAAGGUUCUUCAGCAACACUUUGCGCUACAGCAGCAGUACGAGUAUUCUCAAUACAACGCCCAGUUUUUGGCCUUCUCGUCUUCUCUUGCAGAUCAAAAUCGUGGUAUCGGCAGUGCGGUGAAUAAAAAUGCCAAACACACUGAUGCACCAACAGAGUUGCAUGAAAUCAAUCACAAUAACAAUAAUAGCAUCACAACAACAACUGUAACUAAUGGUACAACAACAACCACAACAACACGCACAAAUUCACAAACCCCAUCGCCCAUCCUAGGACAUCAUGGCAAGAAGUCAGCAACGUCCACAACUACCGGCUCUAGUGCCACAGUGCUCGGUGGAACGUUGCUGGAAAAAAAAUCUCAAUCGAAAUUGCUCUCGGUGCGUGGCAAAGCUUUGCUACCGAAAUCCCAUCAACAACAACGCUCGGCUGAGGAAGCGCCUGUGCCAGCGACCGGAGUCGCUGAGCGACUGGAUGCGACGGAGCUGCAGCGUUUGAAACAUUUGAAUCGACAUUCGUGUAACGGUCGACUGGACUAUGAGGCAAUCGAGCGGCACCUGGAGCAGACGGAAUUACAGGAAGAGCACCGCAACAAAGGCAUCGAGGCUUUGGGCGUUUUGCUGCAGUAUGCGGUGUUCAAUCUGGAUGCAUUCGCAUGUCCGAGAGUAAAAACCGAGAAACACAAAAUUGAGGAACGUUUAAGCACAACACUGAAGCUGCUGGAUGAAGCGAAAACCAACUGUGCUCAGCUACAGGAUCAACUAUGUGAAAAAGAAGGCUAUUAUUUACAGCGCGAGCAAAAUCUGCAAGCAUUUCACCGCUGCGAAUUGGACAAAGAACAAGCCAAUCUAGCCGAUUAUCAAGCUUUUGCACAAGAGAAGUUCAAUGUACUCGAAUCACAAUUGGAGGCAAAAAAUUUGGAGCAUAAACGUAUAAUAGAAUCGUUUCGCCUGGAACUCUCUCAGAAAAAACAAGAGCUCUGCGCAGCCGACGAACGUGAAACGAAAUUGAAGGAACGUUUCAGUGCGUUGGAGGUUUCUGAGCAAGAGUUACGUGAAAAGCUGAAGAGUACGGAAAAUUCCUACGCUACGCAUUUAAAAGUUGCCACAGAACGUCAGGAGCAGUGUCAUGAGCACAUAAAAAUUAUUACGAAGGAAGUGGAAACGCUGCGAGCCUCCAACGAAAAUAGGGAACGUGAGUUGCGUGAUAAAUUGAAUUUAUCGCAGGAGGAAAUUUCGGUUUUGCGGUCAUCUCAGCGCAGUUUCAAUGAGAGCUUGGACCGUAGUAGCGGCAUUAGCUCACCACGUAACUCUAGCACUUCGGAGUUUGCGCGCUUGGAAAGCGAGGUGGACAGCUUACACUGUGUGUUGGAGUUGAAGCAGAAAGAGAUUUCGAAGCUGAUCAAACAAAACGAGAAAUUGAUGCGAGAUGCCGAAGAGCGCGCCGUACUAACAGGCAAAAUAUCCAAGCUUGAGUCGAUGAUGGAGAUGCUAAAAUCAGAGCUUGACAUCAAGUCGGAGAAGGAGAAGGACUUCCUUCGCCAAAUAGACGACAUGCAAAAGGCUUAUAACCACGAAAUGGUAAAACGAAAGCGUCUCAGCUACGAUAACGAGACCUUGCAAUGGCAGCUCAAGCAGCGCUCAGAGCAAUUGCAUAUCGUGGAAACCAAAUUGCAUGAGCUCUCCGCAAUGGAAUCGCACAACGCAAGCACUCAAUCUAGUAUUCACUCACUGAAUCGUUCUCAGCUGAUGAACGGUUUAUCAAUGGCCAGCAUACAAAUGGACGAUUUUUCGCCACCCACAUCGCCUGUGGUCAAGGGUGUAAUUGAAAAGCCUGAUUCCGUGUCGUGGGUGCUAGAGAUGGACGACGAUACACCCGAAGCAGCCGCAUCGAAAAUGGUGAAACGCGCUGGUUCUUUUCGUUCAGUUGAGCGCAGUCCUUCGACACGUCGGCAGUUGUCCGGAGGCGCCAGCGCCAUGAAUACAUCUUUGAGUAGUGUCGGCAGCGGUGCAUCAUAUGGCAAUGGUAAUAGCAGUGGGGGACCCAAUCCACUCUCGCAGUCAAUGUCUGCUACCACAGUGAUACGACAUUCCAGCGAUGUGCGAACCGAGUUCAGCAAACGUCCGCACUCGCGCACACGCUCCAAAUCGGUGAGUGUUAAAGGCACCGAACCAGUGAACGCUAGUGCAGGUGCGCUCAGCACCGGCUCGGUGGGCACCAAAAGCGGCAAACGGCUAUUGCGUCAAAGCUCCAGCUCAAGUGCAUGGAAGCAGCAUCAAUUGGAGUUGAUCAACUGGAAGGAACCGGUUAGUUCGAGUUCACCGCAUCAAAAUGCGAUACAUCCACGAACAUCUACGAUGUGUUCAGAAAUAGACGAGGAGCUGGUAUUGGCAGGCAGACACGAUGACUCGUUUUUUCCACACACUCCAAACUCCAGCGCAGCCGCCCGAAAGCUCAUCACCUGCGACACAUCCAAGUUGAAUUCGGGUGAGCGAUUGGAUAUGCAGUCGUUACCCACACACGCCUCCGUGCAUGAUCUUAAAAAGAAAUUCCACGAGAUACAGGAAUCCGCGGGUGAAGCUAUGGUGUCGGGCACAAAUUCAGAGGACGAAAGCUGCUCGGCGUCAUCUGAUGAUGCUUGCUCAGCAUCGACCUCGUCUGCAACAACAGGUUCAACCUCGUCGCUAAAGAACUCGCACAUUUCACUGGAAGACGAUGUUAUCUUGUUCGACAAAAUCAACAGCCUCAACGGUACGCCAAUGGAAGUUAGCUGGUCCGAUGAUACAGAAAUAUUUGCUAACGGCUCAACGGUAUGACAAGACGAAGCGUUAGAAUUAGCAGAAGAAGAUGAGGAAGAGGAUAGCUUCUGAAUCUAAUUGCAAUAACUAUUUAGCAAGCGUUCAACAGAAAAACGUAAUUUAUUUUUUAAAAAAGAAAAGCAAAAAAAACUUAAGCCAAUAAGAGGUUAAAUAAACUGUGUCUCUUCCACUGGCAAAGCACAGACAUUUCGCAAAUUCAGCACCUCAAGGCGUUGGAAAUGUGAUUGCUUUGAGGGUAGAAGAGCGCGCAAAACAUGACAGAACACACUGGCCAAAAUUAUAUAGUUUGCUGGGAUUUGGCGCUAUUUGGGUAGCCUCGAACUACUUAACUUUAUUUAAUUUUAUUUAUUUGAAGGAAGAGAAAAUGAGAAAGCGUUAAUGAAUUACUUGUAAUUUUGAUGGUUUCAUGUACAACAGAGAGAAAAAAUAAUAAAAAAAAAAUACUUUCGCAUUGUUAUGAAUGCUCAGCGAAGAGAUGUGAAAUCUUAAUACUGAAAUAUUUAUGCUGAAGGAAACUAAUUUGGAUGGCAACUGUUCCGCUUUUGCUCGCAAGUUGCGAAUGCAUUUCCAUACAAAUGGACUUACUGGUUGCUAAAAAUAUGCAUAAGAAGGAAACAUUCUGGUUAAUAUUCGGGGCUUCAUCACCCUGGAUCACUACUAAUCAUGUGCAGAUUCUGCAUCAGAAGGUCGGGAGUGUUGUCUGACGUAUUUGAGUUUUUAGUUAUCUCUGACUGAUUUUGCUGAAAAUAGUUUCGCGCGCAAUUAACAACUCAAAUACUGGAACCCCCAUAUAUGCCUUAUUCUGAGUAUGAAAUGGUGUCGUGAAACACAUACCCAUGCAUAUGAAACUAUUAGCUAAGCUUUCUAUUUAAAAAUGCGACAUCUAGCCAGCAACAAAAUUUUCGAAGCAAAAUUUAUUAGACGAAUAUGAGCGCCAAUUACGUCUGCAUUUAUAGGAAAAUUUGAAGACCAGAAAAUUGUAUGACCAGAGAGAAAAUGUAAAUAUCGGCUUUUAAAUUUAUUUUGAUUGUUCCAUUGUUCCAUGCGAUAUUUGUGGCAGCGGCAAGCUAACUAAUGGCGUCACCAGGCUGCGCAGAAAUUUUUAAUAAAGCAAAAGUUUUGAAACAUUUGAAAAAAAUAUAAACACAAACGAAGAAUAUUGUAAGGGGUAUGAAAACAAAUGUAUGUAUGUGUGCAAUGAAAUGGAAUCGGCCCGUCUAAUGCAAACUUAACUAGGAACUUUAGCGCCCGCAAAGCAGUCCAUUAAUGAUACGGAACCUGAGGAGUAGCACCUUAAUAAAUAUUUGCGUGUAGGCGGAGGAGGAGGAAUAACUGGAUUUACUUAUAAUUAAUGUGUUUCACUGUGUGAAAACACUUCACUCUUGCAAAAAACGUGUGUCCAAGGCUUAAGAAAGUGAAUGUAAAGGAAUAUUUUAGCUUUAAAGAUUAUAAUUUUCACUGUACUUUCAGUUUAUUUCAUGUUAAUUGUAUUUAUUUAAUUAUAGUAAAAGUGUGUACCUAAACAUUAAGCUUAUGAAUAUUAUUGUGUAGUAUUUAGCUACCUUUCUUUACUACCUUAAGUUGGAGUCAGCCGGUCAGUCAGCCAAUCAGCCAAUCAGCCAGUCAGGCAGGCGGUUGUGUCGCGUUGGGCUGAGUUGUAUUGAUGAAUUAAAUAUCCAAGAAUGUGCAUUAUAAUUACAAAGAAAAAAAUAUAACUAAUAUUGAUUGUUCAUUUGUUUUAUAUAUGUAUGUAUAAGUGUGUAGGCUUACUUGAAUGCAUGAAGAAAAAUAUGUAUAAGAACUUAUGUGUAUUAGUAUAUAUUACAUACCACAAAUACGACAACUAUUGACCCCCGCCCCCCAAAGUAAUGAGAAACAAUUGCAAAUGGCAUAGUUGUUCACCCUUUCUUAACUUCUCUGUUUUCGAAAUGAAGUGGAAAACUGUCGUAAAUAAUACGCAACAGAAAUGUAAAAGCGAAAAUGAAAAAUUCAUUAAAUUAAUUGAAGUUGUCACAGUUAAAAGAGUUGAAAAAUGCAUAUUUGCCGUAAAUUGAAAAAAAAAAAUAAUAAAAAAAAACAAUCCAAAAUGGAUGAAAUAGCAGAAAUUGUAAUCUAACAUUUGAGUAGUUUGGAAAAGGGCAAACCGUACCCGAAUCCAGCUUUGGCAGUUAUUAUUAUAAAAAAAUUUCAUUUGCCAUCGAAACUCAGUUUCAAUUGAAUGGAAUGUCUGAUAAGCUAAUGAUUUGUGGCUUGAUCAUUGAAGGGAAAGCAAAUGCUGAAAAACCAAUAAAUAAAUAUACAAAUAUAAAUACUAUAUAUGAAA